AGCUAAAAUUAUGAAAAACCAAAAAAUUGAAAACACCAAAUUUGUUUCUUUCUUUCUUUUCACAAAAAUACUAAAAUUUCCCUCCUUCUUUCUACUUCCAUACAUUAGAAAACUCAAUUUUUCCUCCUCUUUCUUUUCCAUAAAAUUGAAAGAACCAAAUUACCCUCCUCUUUCCUUCUACAAAAAGUUGGAAACUCAAAAGUUUCCCUCCUUAUUUCUCUUUCAUAAUCAAAAGAAUCAAAUUUUCCCACUUCUUUCUCUUCCCACAUAUCAAAACCACCAAAAUUCCCACUUGUUUCUUUUCUAAAAAAUUCAAAGAACCAAAUUUCCCUCUUCUUUCUCUUCCCAAAAACUUGAAUACACCAAAAUUUCCCUCUUCAUUUAAAAACAUCAAAUUACCAAAUACAUUACUUUACUUUAUUUAUAUUUAAUUGAUAAUUUUAUCGAAUAGUUAAAUUAACCAAAAUUUUAAUUUAUAUAUUAUAUUAAUAUUGUCAUGAUCUCAAGUGACCUUCAUGUUUCAAUUUUUGUAAUUUUCUUAAAAUACGUAAUAUCAAGUGAGUUUCAUAUUUUUUAAAUUUCCUAUACGAAAUGAAAAAAUAAUUUUACUUAAGUUUAGAAUGAAAAAUUUUAUUUUGAAUAACUAUGUAUUGUAUAUUUUUAUAAUUAUUCAAGUGGAUUAGAUGAAAUUCGGGUUGAGUCGGUCGGGUUAUGGGUCAAUCGGGUUCGGGUUAAUUGGGUUGCGGGUCAGUCGGGUUGCGGGUCAAUCGGGUUCGGGUUAAUCGGGUUGCGGGUCAGUCGGGUUGCGGGUUAGUUGGAUUGCGGGUCAAUCGGGUUGCGGGUCGGGCGGGUUACGGGUUGUUGACUUUUAGUCAAUUCGAGUUGCGGUCGGGUUGCGGGUCGGAUUGAUCGGGCGGGUUAAUCGGGUCGGCUAUGUUUUGACACCUAUAGUGGUAAUGGGUCGAAUUUGAGCUCUAGCUCAAGUUCCAGCACACCAAGGUUUGCUGGUUCUAUUUCUCGGGCGAGUGGAAAUGAAAGUGCUUCUGAGGGCAGUGUGAUUAAUGAAGGUAAAUCUCCAUCUCCUGCUGCAUUUACACCUGAAGAAAUGAAUCACCUCAGGUUUCUCUUGCAAGCUGGUGCUAGCACACAACCUUCACCACCUUCUUAUCCAUCCAUUAACCAUCAAGCCUAUUAUGCCACUCAUUUUCCAUCUGCCUUCCCCAGUUUUUCAGGUAAACAUGUCCUGUCAUCCUCUCACAGUCAUAAACUCACAACCUUAACCUGUGGAUUGUAGAUACAGGAGCUUCAGAUCAUAUAUCCUGUAGUCUAAGUUUAUUUUCCUCCUAUAAGCUAGUUCUGGACUGUUAGCAAUAUAUAAUUAGUAGAAUAAAUCAUUAAUAAGGUUAGUUAAGUAGGGUUAGGCGGCUAACCUAGGCCGAUUAGGUUAGAAUUAGUUCAUUAGGGUUUUGGGUUUAUUUCCUAUAAAUAUGUACUUUGGGUUUACGUCAUAAUCAGUAAAGAAAAGUAUUGAGUAAAGUAUCCUUCUAAAUCUAAUUCCUCUCAACUCCUAAUUUCUAUUCUCUCCUAAUCCAAGGCCUCGACCGAUUCCCAAUUCUAUUUUGUUCUUCUCGUCUAAAUCCCUAGUUCUUUCUAUCAACCCCUAAAUCCCUAAUUGUUACGAUAAUUACGGAUGCCGAAGAUCAGUCCCUAGAAUCCCUAGAAGCGGGGUUCUUUGGGUGGUAUCAGAGCUGUUGUGGCACUCGUACCAUGGUUUCGACCAAUUUCGAGCUCUCAAUUAGAGAACUCACCAAGAUCUUGAAGUUGAAGUUGGAAGAGGCAAGAAAGAACAAGGUUACCUCGUCCUUGUCAUUGUACGCGAACAUCACACGGGAUGCUCCACCCAAAGCCGCAGCCGCCGCGCCAAAGAAGCCGAUGAAGGAGGACGCACCGCCAUUGUCGAAGGCCGCAACUGCAAAUAUGGAUUUCGAAGAUUGGUUGGAACAACCUGUGUUCCCAAUCAUGCUCGAGCGAGGUGGAACAAUCUCGGAAGCUAGCCGGGAGACGCCAGCACCGAAGAGACGAUUGAGUUGGCCGGCAUUAGAGCUUCGUCCUGCUCACCAGUCACCAGCAUUCGACGGUGCUUCCGUCGAAAUCGUCGUAAGUGGGGCGAGGUCUUCUUCGACCACAGCCGCUCUCGCACGAGAUGCCGCUGUAUCCUCAAUUGUGGUAGCAACGCCAGAUUCCCACUCCCACGACCUCACGAGGAUGGAGGGUGAUAUAAUUUUCAUUGCCAAAUUGGAGGUUGUAGGAAGGAGCCCGAUUAAUCUGCUUCCACCUAAUUGGAAGCUGCAGAAACGACGGAAGGAGAUAGAGCCAAAGAUGAGGGGCGGAGUCCGACCAGCGUCGUCUGACUGAUUGCUCAUCGCCAUCGAAGAAAGAGGCGAAGUAAUCGUCCGACGCGGUGGCAGAAUGGAAGAAGAUGGUCGCCAGCUCGAGCUUGUCUCUUCGCCGCUGGAUUGACUGUUUACCGAAGGCAGAGACCGAGAGGAAACCAUUGGCGGAGAGGAAAAAGUUGGGCGAAGUUGGCAGCGACCGCCGACGCGAAACAACGAAGGAGCAGGGUCGUUGGGAAUCUCCACCGAUGGCGCGAAUCGCGUGGGAGGUGCGACAACCGGUGAUCCGCUAAGCAGCUCCGAGCGCUCGAUUGAUGGCGGCUUCGAUGGUGUCAUCAAUUGGCGAUGAGGCAAGCUCGAAUAUGGGGUCGGGUGCAUGCUGUCUUCCAAGCCACCGGAUGGUUGAGACACCGAAGAAGAAGAGGGGUGGCUCGUCGAUGGAGGAUGAGAAGAAGAAGUGCGGCGAUUUCGGGGGGAUUUCAACCGACGAGAGGGCGGUGACAAGCUAAAACACAACACCUAACAAUGGCCAAGUGUAACCAAUGAAAGGGACUGCAGUAUAGUGGCACUUGUAAUAAAUAUCGAAUCCACGGAUCUCUAGAGUUACUAUUACUCAGCUUCAGUUCAUUAUAUAGCAAACUAGAUUAAGGAUUGAUUUAUAAACUACUCUACUGACUACUCUACUAAUUACAAGUUGGGAACUCACUUAGGUAUGAUUCCCCCUAGCUCCUCAAUUAGGUCCAAUUGCAAUUACCUUUGGUUGAUCUACUGUUGAUUAAACUGCGGAAGAUCCUAAAUUAGCUUGGAAUCUCUUAAGCUGACCAAGCCCUCUCUGUCAAACUACCCAGAAGACGACUAGUCUUCACCGGAAUAGGAAGCUGAGGCUAUGAACACAGAACUCCACUACUGGAAUUGGAUUCCAGUACAAAGCAGUGAAUUGAUUGACUCUCGCACAACCAAUUCACCACUAUCAAUCAAGGAAGCUCUCUUAACCUAAUCAGAUUCUAUCUAUCAUAGGGUAAAGCAGAAAUCAAGAGAAUUUGAUCAAGAUUCAAUUGACUCAAUAAAUCAUGUCUCAAUCGAUUAUAAUCAAACAAUAUAGCAUCCAAAACUUCAUACAAGAAAGAUCCUAACACAUGGAACUAGGGUUCCUCAAAACCUAAGUGAAGGGAAGUUACUCCAUAGAGAAGAGAGAGACUGCAGAAAUCUGAUCUGGAUCAUCAAUCUCCAUCUCCAAGCUUGAUUCCCGAGCUCCAAUGGUGAGGAAAUCCUCCAAAAUAGCUCUAAGAAUUUAUAUGAUCCCAAUUGGAUCAAUCCACAAUUCACAAUUGCUUUCCAAAGAAGUCAUCUCAACUCACUUGAAGAAUUCUGAUUUUUGGCUAAGUGUUGAAACAGUUUCAGGUAGCCUACUUUGGAAGCUUGUAUCUCACAAAUGGCUCAAUACAAAUGAGAUAGCAAGAGCUUGUUUUGAAGAUAAUGUUAUUAUGAUUACAUUGGUAUGUUUUGGAGCUCAAGGAGAUGUCUGGAAGGUCACUUUCAAAGCCCAUCAAAAGGCUACCUCGAAACAGGAAAACUGUCUAAAUUUGGCUAAGGCAGAAAACUGUUUUGAGAUACCAACUUUGAAGGCCUAUAUCUGGAGUUUGGAGCAUGAUCUCAGGCUGAUUCAAGUUGGAGGUGAAACAAGAAGUUUUAUUCUACAAAGGAAAGGAAUUGGUUUAAUUCUAAUCAACCUAGAAGACCAUU